CGAGGAAAUAACCACCUUUCCUUUCUCUUUCACUUUUCCUUUGUCAAUUAUCGAAACAAAAGGAAAGUCCUUUGAUUUCUGUUUUCUGUUUUCUGUUUUCCCUCCAGACCUGUGCAAUUUCCCUCCCGAUGGGAAAUCAACAGCAAACUCUGGAGUCUGGACAAUUUCAUCUUCGUUUCCCUGGCCAUUGGAACUAUAAAUCUCAAACAUAUGUGCAUCUAUACCAUAAUGUCCUUUGAAUUAUUCGAUCCUUAACACUUUCCUCUUUGUCGCUUAUGCAAUUCAAAGCCUGGUUCUAUCAAAUCUGUUUUUUUGUUCUUAAAUUGUUUUUCUUUUCUUUGAGCUUUGGGAAAUGCCAGCGUGGGUUUCAAACCUAAAGAACCUGAGAUGGGUUAUUCUGUUAAUGGGUGUUUUGAAUUUUUUCGUGAUCGUUCUGUGUGUGAUUCUAAUAAUUGUGGUGUACCCAGUUUGUGGGCAUGCACAUACUAUUCCUUUUCAACUCAUUUUGUUGGCUUCUUGCGUCAGAAUUGUUGCCACCAUCCGAACUGGGAUUGCGCAGCAAGCGACGGCCACAAUGAUCCUCAAAUCUCCGGUUGAAAGCGAAAUUGUUGAUACUGUUAUUCGCCAUGAAAGACGGAAAAGGUAUAUGAGAUGGCUUUGGUGGACACGAUUUGUAACAGUAAUUUCGGUGCUGCAAUUUGUGGGAGCAGCUUACCUCAUCUUCAUUGUGGUUAAACAUGUUUGUCAACAUGGAACUUCAAGGAACUGUGUAUCAGGGCAUGUUUUUAAUGGUGCCAAGUGGCAGCGGCAUAUACUUGUCCUCUUUUUGGUCAUGGUAUGUUACGUGACACUGGGACAAUGUUUCACGGGAACUGAUGUGUUACGAUGGAGAUCUUUUUAUGCAACCAAAGAUAAUGCAUGGAAAGCUCAUUAUCAGGAGGUUUUUGAUCAUGGAAUUCGUGAGGCUUUGUGCUGUCUGGGACGUGUCAAAUACUUGAGUGUGUUUGCAGAAGAUGAAGUUUAUUCAGUGGCACGGUUAUUGGGUGAUCUUGUUGCUUAUCGCGCAGCAGGAACCGGACAUUUGGAAUUCUUAGCAGGACUAGCUUUACUGCAAGGGCUCAGUGAAUCUCCUAAAUCAUAUGAAGACUCUGAGGAGGCACCUGAAGAGCGAAUAUAUGGAGCUGCUACUUUUCAUCAAUUUGCUGAAGCAGCCUAUACGGGUAUGCUUCUCGAUUUUGGACGAAAUCCUGUAUGGUUUCCUUUUGUGUGGCUCUAUAGGCAGGGGAUUUUGACUCCAUGGAAUCGGAACAGGCGGCCUUUACUUGAAGGUGAUAACUGGUGGAGAGGUCAUGCAGCAGCUUUUUUAAAGUAUGUUAAUGUAUCGCCAGACUCACUUCGACGAGGGCGUGUUAGUCAGGCAUCUUGUGAAGCUGCAUACUUUAUUGUGGUUCUACAUCAUCUAAAAUCUGUUGUGAUUGCUGUACGGGGAACUGAAACUCCUGAAGACCUCAUAACUGAUGGUUCAUGUAGGGAAUGCCCCCUAUCUGCAGAAGACUUGGAUGGGUUGAUAAAUGGCGAUCAUAAUCACCCAGUUAUCAGGCAAAGUGUAGUAUCAACUUCACAACACUAUGGGCACUCAGGGGUAAUUGAGGCUGCUCGCGAUCUCUUCAUGCAAAUUGAAGGAAGCAAUGGUAGUUCAUCCCAUUGUAGUGGAUUUCUUUCCUCAUUGCUGGGAACUGGAUGUGAAUGUCAUGGGUAUGGUGUUCGCUUAGUAGGGCAUUCCCUUGGAGGAGCUAUUGCUGCAUUGCUAGGAAUAAAGCUAUAUCGCCGAUACCCAAACUUACAUGUCUAUGCAUAUGGGCCCCUGCCAUGUGUGGAUCCAGUCAUAGCAGACGCAUGUUCCGAAUUUGUAACAAGCAUUGUAUACAGUAAUGAAUUUUCAGCACGCCUUUCAGUUGCAUCCAUCCUGAGGCUUCGUGGAGCUGCAAUUAUGUCAAUGUCACAGGAUAACACAACUGAAUGGAGCAUAAUUUCCAAAGUUGCACGCAGAUUUAUGUCCGUGAGCAAGUAUGAAGGAAGUAAGCAUGAGAAAAGAGUUUCAACUUCAGAUUCAAAUUGUAGAGCGUCGACAAAUGAAAAUAUAAAUCACUGCUGCAUCAAUGGGACUCGAUGUAGAAAUGGGAGCAGGGUAGAGGAUCAAGAGUCCUCCCUCCGUCAGAACAUGGACUUCCAGCAUUGUUCUGGUGAUGAAUUUGAUUGUAAUAAUUCAUCAAAUAGUUUUGCCAGUCCUGUUUGUAACUCUUCUGCCAAGGUAAAUUCAUUUGAUGAUCCGAUAUCUGAGUUUAUGGAAGCGGUUUCUUCAUUUAAAGACCAGUCUGCUGGAGAUCUCCCAGAGAUGUUUCUACCAGGUCUUGUAAUUCAUAUAGUACCACAGGAAACUAGCUCCUGUUUGUCUCUAUUUAGAAGCUGGGGAACCCAAGAGAAAAUGUGCAGUUAUGGAGCUUAUAUAGCUGACAGAAAAGCCUUCAAGGAUAUCAUUGUGUCACCAUCAAUGUUCCUCGACCAUCUACCUUGGCGAUGUCACAAUGCCAUGAAAAAAAUACUGGAAAUGCGAAAUGUCCGAGCUCUACUUGGUGCUUCACAAAUGGUGUGAGUACUAAUUGCCAAGGUCAUUUCUGAGCUCAGGUUUCCCUUCUAUGGUUCUACGAGCUGUGUCGAUGAACUUUUGCCCAUUUCUGGGUGGUGCCAAUUGUAUGGAAUCUAGAUAUCAAGCAACAACAGUUGAAAAAUGGGUUCUUUGCCGAGAAAUUAUUAGGUGGUUUAGGAACAUGUGGUCCCGGCCGGCCAAUCCAGGAAGUGCCAUGCAACCAAAAAGUUGAUGAAGCUGACAGAUUUUGUUGCAUGGAAUGUCUUGAUUGGCUAGGACUACCUAAGAUUUUCUCCUUCCUUGCCAGCAUUCAGUCAUUCCUAGAGACAAUUUUAGAGCAAAUGAUUGUUCAGUAUUCCAAAAAUGAUUUUUUGGUUAGUCUUUUCUAAUCUUAUGUUGCUGUAAAUGAACUAAAUUGUUGGUUGACAAUUGGUGAUUAAUUAGUUAACCUUUCAAAAAAAAAAAAAAAAAAAAAUUUGGUGAUUAAUUAAAAGUGAUAUCCUGUGUAUUGAAUUGGAGACUAAACUUUCAGCUAGUUUAUCAAACCAGCUAAGACUCAUUGACUGAUCAUUAUUUAUAUCUCUAAACUUUUCUAUUUUAUGAUUUUGACGCAUUUAUUGACAUAAAAAAAAAAAUAAUUAUACAAAGUAAAAUAGAAAAAUUAAAUGUAAUAUUUUUACAAGUUAAGAACUUAAGGUGAGUGUAGUGAAAAAGGAAAAUGGUAUCUCUCUUAAUUUUAUUUAACAGGAGGAGUUGAACAAGGUUCUCUCUUAUUUGGGUUCCAUCUAAGUGCCUCCACAGAACCUUUGACCCUCGGUUUUAUACUAAGGUACCUAUUUACGCUGCCUAUUUGAUUAGAGGCUUGAAGGUCUCACCUGAAGGGGGUUGGCUUAAGUGGGUAAGUCAUUUGAUCCUAGUGCCUCAUGCAACAUCAUGUCUAAGAUUCAAAUUAUUUU